AUGAAGCCCACUGCUUUCCUUGCCGUUUUGGCCAUUGCCGGCUCCGGUGUCAAUGCCGACUGUUUCGACAAUGGCAUGACGGCCAAUUAUGGCAAAUGGCUCAGCGAGAAGAUCUCAGCUGUCAAUUCGGACCGUCUUUCUCUUGUCUGCCUGGCCAUAACCGGUGCAGCUAAAGAGGCUUUCGUUGGCCAUGAAAGUCGAACAUUCUGCAUGCAAGAGAAGAGUGGCUUGAGGUGGGACUUUUCUAUCAAGAACUUGAACAGCGGCGGACGAGUUCUAGGACAAGCCGAGUGCAUGUCUGGGCUGUCGAAGGAGGCUUACAAUUGUUGGAGAGGAGGAAGAACUAAGUAUUGGAAUUGGGAAUACACGUAA